GUCUUGCCUCUGAACUUUUUUCCACGAUGUCAUACUAUUAUCAAAGCUCCUCUUCUUCUCAUGGUGGUGGUGGCGGUGGUGGUGGUGGUUCUUGCCGUGUUGCUGCUGUCCGCCAUGGACCAUCCAGUAUCCAUGGGGGAGCUGGUGGCCGUCUAUCUGCCUCUUCAGCUAGGUAUGUCUCAUCUGGUUCAGGAUAUGGAAGUGGUUAUGGAUAUGGAAGUGGCUUAGGAGGUGGUAUUGGAUAUGGCUCCGGUGGUGGUCUUGCCUACGGAGGUUGCUUUGGUGGUGGAUCUGGUGGAGGCUAUGGUGGUGGUCUUGACUUUGCAAUUUGUGGUGGUGGUGGUGGUGGUGGUGGUGUUGGUGGUGGUGAUGGAGGCCUUCUGACUGGAAAUGAGAAGAUCACCAUGCAAAAUCUCAAUGACCGCUUGGCAAAUUACCUGGAUAAGGUGCGAGCCCUAGAGGAGGCUAACACUGAGUUAGAGAUCAAGAUCCGAGACUGGCAUCUAAAGCAGGCACCCACUAGCCCAACCAAGGACUACAGCCAUUAUUACAAGAUAAUUUCGGAACUCCGUGACAAGAUUCAUGACCAUACAAUUGAUAAUUCUAGGAUUAUUUUGGAGAUUGAUAAUGCUAGACUGGCUGCUGAUGACUUCAGACUGAAAUAUGAGAAUGAGCUGCAUCUCCGCCAGGGUGUUGAGAGUGACAUCAAUGGUCUGCGCAGAGUCCUGGAUGAACUAACUCUGUUUAAAUCUGAUAUGGAAAUGCAAAUUGAAGAGAAGAAGGAAGAUCUGGCCUACCUGAAGAAGAACCAUGAUGAGUUAAUGAAAGAAUUCAGUACUCAGCUAACUGGAAAAGUCAAUGUUGAGAUGGAUGCGGCACCUGGAGUUGAUCUCACCAAAAUUUUGGCUGACAUGAGAGAACAAUAUGAACAAAUGGCUGAGAAGAAUCGCAGAGAUGCUGAGGCCUGGUUCUUUACCAAGACCGAAGAACUGAAUCGUGAAGUUGCUACCCACACUGAACAACUACAGACAAGCAAGAGUGAGAUUUCAGAAAUAAGACGUACCAUACAGAGUUUGGAGAUUGAGCUGCAAUCACAGCUUAGCAUGAAAGCUGGCUUGGAAAGCAAUUUAGCAGAGACAGAAGCACGGUAUUGUGCUCAGCUAGCACAAAUCCAGAACCUGAUCAGCAAUGUAGAAGAACAGCUGGCUGAGUUAAGAUCUGACAUGGAGCGCCAGAAUCAUGAAUACAGGAUGCUCAUGGAUAUCAAAACACGUCUGGAACAAGAGAUUGCCACUUACCGAAACCUGUUGGAGGGUCAAGACUCAAAACUCCCAGGUUGGUCUCCAAAAGAUGCAUCCUAUGGAGGAGGAGGUACAAUCACCUACAGUAGUGGUGGCAGCGGUGGUGGUGGUGUCGUCAGUGGCGGCAGCUACAGCAGUGGUGGCAGCGGCGUCACCAGCAAAGUGCGUUCUGGAAACUUCUGAAUCUCCUGAAAAGUGCACUCACCUAUUGGAUGGCUUCCUUCCUUUAAGACCAAGCAAUUUCAGCACCGCGACAAAAAUCUCUUUUUGCAGAAGUAUGCCUCGGCUUGGCUACUUUCUUCACAGUGAUCCCUUUCCAG